GCAAUUACUUUUCGCGAGGUGCGGUUGGGGAUUCUCACGUUGAUGGUUGCAAGGGGAGUAGUUCGUGUUCCUAGAGAGUGAAACUGUUCUAGGGAAGGAAAGUGUUGGAGUAACCAAAUUAGAUUUCAUAAAGGCGCAAACAAGAGAGGGAAGUUUUGAAACACAGAACGGGUCUGCCUUUUUCUCUUGGAUAGGAGAGCGGACUUAAGUUUUCAUCAUGCCGGUUUUUCACACAAAGACGAUAGAAAGUAUCCUAGAGCCGGUGGCUCAGCAGAUAUCCCACCUGGUGAUAAUGCACGAAGAAGGUGAAGUGGACGGGAAAGCUAUCCCGGAUCUCACCGGACCCGUAGCUGCAGUGCAGGCGGCUGUCAGCAACCUGGUCCGGGUGGGGAAAGACACUGUCCAGACUACAGAGGACCAGAUAAUGAAGAGAGAUAUGCCUCCAGCUUUCAUCAAGGUGGAGACUGCAUGCACCAAGCUGGUGCAGGCAGCAUCUAUGUUGAAAGCAGACCCUUACUCCGUCCCCGCUCGAGAUUACCUCAUCGACGGCUCCCGGGGCAUCCUCUCUGGCACAUCGGACCUGCUGCUGACCUUCGACGAGGCUGAGGUUCGUAAAAUCAUUCGCGUCUGCAAAGGUAUCCUGGAGUACCUAACCGUGGCAGAGGUGGUGGAAUCUAUGGAGGACCUGAUCACAUACACAAAGAACCUGGGUCCAGGGAUGACAAAGAUGGCAAAGAUGAUUGAUGAGCGACAGCAGGAGCUGACCCACCAGGAACACCGCGUGAUGCUGGUCAACUCCAUGAACACAGUCAAAGAGCUGCUGCCUGUACUCAUCUCAGGUAUCAAGAUCUUUGUGACGACCAAGACGUCCGGCAGCCAGGGAGUAGAGGAGUCUCUGAAGAACAGGAACUUCACCUUCGAGAAGAUGAGCGCUGAGAUCAACGAGAUAAUUAGGGUGCUGCAGCUCACUUCCUGGGACGAAGACUCCUGGGCCAAUAAGGAUACAGAGGCCAUGAAGAGAGCUCUGGCACUCAUCGACUCUAAGAUGACCCAGGCCAAGAGCUGGCUGAGGGAUCCCAAUGCCCAACAAGGGGAUGCAGGAGAACAGGCCAUCCGUCAGAUCCUGGAUGAGGCUGGGAAGGUGGGAGAGCUGUGUGCUGGGAAGGAGCGGAGGGAUAUCCUGGGCACUGCCAAAACUCUGGGCCAGAUCACUGACCUGGUGUCUGAGAUGAGGGCCAGGGGUCAGGGGGCAUCUCCUGCAGCCAUGCAGAAGGCCCAACAGGUCUCCCAGGGCCUGGACAUUCUCACGGGAAAGGUGGAGAACGCAGCCCGGAAAUUGGAGGCCAUGACCAACUCCAAACAGGUCAUCGCCAAGAAGAUCGACGCUGCUCAGAACUGGCUCGCAGACCCCAACGGUGGUCCUGAGGGAGAGGAGAACAUCCGAGCCAUCCUGACUGAGGCCAAGAAGAUCGCUGACAUGUGUGAAGACCCCAAGGAGAGAGAUGACAUCCUGAGGUCCAUCGGAGAGAUGGCUGCUCUCACCGCCAAGCUCUCUGAGCUCCGGAGACAGGGUAGAGGAGAUACUCCGGAGGCCAGGACAUUGGCCAAACAGAUAGCCACGGCUCUGCAGAACCUGCAGUCGAAGACCACCAAGGCUGUAGCCAACAGCAGGCCUGCUAAGGCAGCAGUCCACCUGGAAGGGAAGAUAGAACAGGCCCAGAGCUGGAUGGAGAACCCUACCAUUGAUGACGGUGGAGUGGGCCAGGCAGCUAUCCGGGGUCUGGUGGCGGAGGGUCGUCGUCUGGCUAACGCCCUGCCAGGACCCUAUAGACAGGAGCUGCUGGGGAAGUGUGAGCAGGUAGAACAGUUGAUGGCCCAGCUAGCCAACCUGGCCGCCAGGGGCGAGGGAGAGUCUCCACAAGCACGUGCCGUGGCUCAGCAGCUCCAGGAGACCCUGAAGGACCUCAAAGAAAAGAUGCAGGAAGCUAUGACUCACGAAGUGUCGGACAUCUUCAGCGACACGACCACUCCCAUCAAACUUCUCGCUGUGGCCUCCACCGCCCCGUCCGAUGCCCCUAACAGGGACGAGGUGUUUGACGAGAGGGCGGCCAACUUUGAGAACCAUGCCAACAAGCUGGGUGCCACGGCAGAAAAGGCUGCCGCUGUAGGAACAGCUAACAAGACCACUGUGGAGGGGAUCCAAGCUGCCGUCAAGUCUACAAGGGACCUGACACCACAGGUGGUCUCUGCAGCCCGUAUCCUGCUGAGAAACCCAGGCAACCAGGCUGCAUACGAGCACUUUGAGACCAUGAAGAACCAGUGGAUUGACAAUGUGGAGAAAAUGACAGGUUUGGUGGACGAGGCCAUAGACACCAAGUCUCUGUUGAAUGCCUCUGAGGAGGCCAUUAAGAAAGACCUGGAUAAGUGUCGUGUGGCCAUGGCUAACCACCAGCCCCAGAUGUUAGUGGCAGGGGCAACUAGCAUCGCCCGGCGGGCCAACCGGAUCCUCCUGGUGGCGAAACGGGAGGUGGAGAACUCUGAGGAUCCUAAGUUCAGGGAGAUAGUGAAGGCUGCAUCUGAUGAGCUCAGCCGGACCAUCUCUCCCAUGGUGAUGGACGCCAAGGCUGUGGCUGGGAACAUCACAGAUCCAAGUCUGCAGAAGGGUUUCCUGGACUCAGGUUAUCGAAUCCUGGGUGCCGUUGCCAUUGUGAGAGAUGCCUUCCAGCCACAGGAACCAGACUUCCCACCACCACCACCUCCUGAUCUGCAUCAGCUGCACGUCAGCGACGAGCCCGCCCCACCCAAACCCCCUCUCCCCGAGGGUGAGGUUCCUCCCCCCAGACCCCCUCCCCCAGAGGAGAAGGACGAGGACUUCCCAGAGCAGGUAUUGGGAGAGAUGGUGAGCGAGCCCAUGAUGAUGGCCGCCAGGCAGCUGCACGAGGAGGCCCGCAAGUGGUCUAGCAAGGGUAACGAUAUCAUCGGUGCAGCCAAGAGAAUGGCCCUGCUCAUGGCUGAGAUGUCCCGUCUGGUGCGCGGUGGCAGUGGGAACAAGCGUGCCCUCAUCCAGUGUGCCAAAGACAUCGCCAAGGCCUCAGAUGAGGUCACAAGGUUGGCCAAGGAGGUGGCCAAGCAGUGCACAGACAAACGCAUCCGGACUAACCUGCUCCAGGUGUGUGAGCGGAUCCCCACCAUUAGCACACAGCUCAAGAUCCUCUCCACAGUCAAGGCCACCAUGUUGGGUCGUACCAACAUCAGUGAAGAGGAGUCAGAGCAGGCCACAGAGAUGUUGGUUCACAAUGCCCAGAACCUGAUGCAGUCUGUGAAGGAGACUGUAAGAGAGGCUGAGGCUGCCUCCAUCAAGAUCCGGACAGAUGCAGGCUUCACUCUCCACUGGAUCCGUAAGACACCCUGGUACCAAUAAGAAGAUACGGGCCAACUGUCCGUUCAACUACGUCCCAAAUGGCACUCUAUUCCCUAUGUAGGGCAUUACUUUUGACUUGGGCUCAUGUCUGGUUAAAAGUAGUGUACUAAAUAGGGAAUACAGUAGGUUGCCAUUUGUGUCACGGAUUAUUCUGUUCCUCUGCUCAAGGCUCAGCUUGUUAAGAAGAAAAAAACACCCAGACCCUUUGAGCAAUAGAUUUGAUGGACACAUACAUACUAAUUCCAAGCUACAAUGUAUGAAAACUCUGCCUGGUUGGGGUUAAAAGAGUGAGUUAAUACUGAAUACACUAUUUAUCAGUCAAUGUCAAUCCCAUACCUGCCUGUAAACAGUGUUUUUAGACUUCCUAGGUGUGUGUGUGUGUGUGUGUUAGAGGUUUGCUUUUCUUAUCCAGUAAGAUUAAAGGAGUACUAUUAUCAGUCUCAUUUAAACAUACAGUAGCCCCAAAUCUAAGUAAAAAUUUGAACAUUAUUAAGAUUUGUCUUUGAAGACGUUUGUAUAUCUUUAUACUGGUUCUUUAUAUCACUAUCUGCAUUGUGCAGUCGUUCACUGUUGCUAGGACAAAGCACAUCCAACUCAAUGGGAGUUGGUUCGAGCAUAUCGUUAUGCUGAGCUCUACACGCAAAUAUAUAUGAUUCAGUGGUUAUUAUGUCUGUUUACACUAUGUUCUAGAAACGGAAAAAUAAACACUAUUCCCUGUUGCAUAUUUGUAUUACAGUUGAAGUCGGAAGUUUACAUACACUUAGGUUGGAGACAUUAAAACUUGUUUUUUAACCACUCUACAAAUUUCUUGUUAACGAACUAUAGUUUUGGCAAGUCGGUUUGGACAUCAACUUUGCAUGAUACAAGUCAUUUUUCCAACAAUUGUUUAUAGACAGAUUAUUUCACUUAUAAGUCACUGUAUCACAAUUCCAGUGGGUCAGAAGUUUACAUACAGUGACUUGACUGCGCCUUUUAAAUAGAUGGGCCAAUUCCAGAAAAUUAUGUCAUGGCUUUAAAAGCUUCUGAUAGGCUAAUUGACAUCCAUUUGAGUCAAUUGGAGGUGUACCUGUGGAUGUAUUUCAAGGCCUACCUUUAAACUCAGUGCCUCUUUGCAUGACAUCAUGGGAAAAUCAGCCAAGACCUCAGAAAAUAAAUUGUACACCUCCACAAGUCUGGUUCAUCCUUGGGAGCAAUUUCCAAAUGCCUGAAGGUACCACGUUCAUCUGUACAAACAAUAGUACGCAAGUAUAAACACCAUGGGACCAUGCAGCCGUCAUACCGCUCAGGAAGGAGACUCGUUCUGUCUCCUAGAGAUGAACGUACUUUGGUGCGAAAAGUGCAAAUCAAUCCCAGAACAGCAGCAAAGGACCUUGUGAAGAUGCUGGAGGAAACCAGUACAAAAGUAUCUAUAUCCACAGUAAAACGAGUCCUAUAUCGAUAUAACCUGAAAGGCCGCUCAACAAGGAAGAAGCCACUGCUCCAAAACCGCCAUGAAAAAGCCAGACUACGGUUUGCAACUGCACAUUGGGACAAAGAUCGUACUUUUUGUAGAGUUGUCCUCUGGUCUGAUGAAACAAAAAUAGAACUGUUUGGCCAUAAUGACCAUUGUUAUGUUUGGAGGAAAAAGGGGGAGGCUUGCAAGCCGAAGAACAUCAUCCCAACCGUGAAGCACGGGGGUGGCAGCAUCAUGUGGAGGUGCUUUGCUGCAGGAGGGACUGGUGCACUUCACAAAAUAGAUGGCUUCGUGAGGGAGGACAAUUAUGUGGAUAUAUUGAAGCAAAGACAUAAAGACAUAAAUCAGGAAGUUAAAGCUUGGUUGCAAAUGGGACUUCCAAAUGGACAAUGACCCCAAGCAUACUUCCAAAGUUGUGGCAAAAUGGCUUAAGGACAACAAAGUCAAGAUAUUGGAGUGGCCAUCACAAAGCCCUGACCUCAAUCCAAUAGAAAAUUUGUGGGCAGAACUGAAAAAAGCUUGUGGAAGGCUACCUGAAACGUUUGACCCAAGUUUAACAAUUGAAAGGCAAUGCUACCAAAUAGUAAUUGGGUGUAUGUAAACUUCUGACCACUGGGAAUGUGAUGAAAGAAAUAAAAGCUGAAAUAAAUCAUUCUCUCUAACAUUAUUCUGACAUUUCACAUUCUUAAAAUAAAGUGGUGUUCCUAAAUGACCUAAGACAGGGAAUUUUUACUAGGAUAAAAUGUCAGGAAUUGUGAGACUGAGUUUAAAUGUAUUUGUCUACGGUGUAUGUAAACUUCUGACUUCAACUGUAGAUAGUGAGUUGGUUUUUGUAGCAAUGUUUUUUUUUUAAAGUAUUGACUGCGUCAAGACUGUCAGAGUUUAUUCUAGCCUGGUCCCAAAUCUGUUUGUGCUCUUUGCACCGGAGUUGGCGUGAUAGCACUAAACAGACUUGCACUCAGGCUAAGUUUGUUCCACCAUUAACUUUUUAAAUAUAUUUUUUUAUGUUUUGAGGUUUAUUAUAUCUGCGCUGUUGGAAAACACAAGGGCUCGAUCUUCAGACACAUUGCAUAGAGAAUGUCUUAUUAACUUAUAAUGUUUACAACCAUUUAGCGUACAAAAGAGUUGACGAUUUAAAUUAAAUAUCCAUUAAGAUGACAUGUAUUCAACUAUGUCAGUUUCUGGACUAGCAUGAUUUUUCACCAUGUUGCAUUGAGAUUACAUGUAGACCUUAGGUCUCCCUCUGGUCUGGCGCUCUAUACUUUGUACUUCUCAGAGAAACUAUAGCAAGCCAGUCUCCGUGUUUUAGCCUGACUAGAGGCCAACUGUACUGUAAUGUUUAAACUGUGUCUUGACAUAACGUGGUGUGCGCUGCACAGCCAAUUUUGUGAAACAUUAAUGAAUGAUCAGUCAAAUACUUUGAAGAUUAGGUCUGGGUAUGGGGGAUAAAGAUGGUGUGGACAGUUUGUGGGCUAGCUUCUGAUUACUGUAUUAAGCCGAGUACUUGACUAAGCUGACACUAUGUCCAGGUAGUCUCUCUUCCGUGAGACUACCAGUGUGUUUAAGUUCAAUGCAUCACAUGAAACUGGUGUUGAAAUAUCAGCCUUCUCUUCCUCUUACAUCUUUGAACUACACUAAACUAACCCUUACAGUUGCUAACACAGCUGGUACAAACGGUUGGACGUUUUUAAAAUGUUUUUUUUGUGUGUCUGAAUAAGACCAGCGCAGUUUGAAUGUGUAGAUGAAGUUACUGAGACCCUACAAAACCAUCUGAAGUGCCUUGUAAUAAAAAAUACUAAUUGCAAUAAAAGAAAAUCAUUUACAGGAAAUUAUGUUUUGUAUCUACUUUGUAGUAAGCGCUACUCAAGGCAUUAUACUUCUGUUCAGACACAUUUUUGUGAUAUUUAUAAGAUGCGUACAAAGUGAGAUAUGAUAUUAGAGUCAAGUACUGCUUUUUGGUAUUGUUCACAUUAUUUUGUAAUAAAACAUUUAAGACUCCCAACAGCAA